AUGCACCUGACCUGCACAAACCAGAGUUCCGAGAUGACGGAGAAUGCUCUGAAGGAGUGCAAGCAGCUCGGAGUGCGAAACAUCGUGGCCCUCAGAGGGGAUCCUCCCCGAGGCCAGGAGAAGUGGACCGCAACUGAAGGCGGCUUUAGCAGUGCUCUUGACUUGGUCAAGUUCAUCCGGAAGAACUUUGGGGACUACUUCUCUGUCUCCGUGGCUGGCUAUCCGGAGGGACAUCCAGACAACAUUGAGACUGUCGAGGGAGGCCUGGCUGCCCUUACGGAGUCAGAGAAGCGCAGGGCACGAGUCGUCAAAGAUGAGUCGGGCAAAGAGGUCGUGACGGUCUGCCGCGAUGCCAACUUCCACAAGGAGAUGGUUUAUCUGAAGGAGAAGGUCGAUGCUGGCGCUGCUUUUGUCAUCACCCAGAUGUUCCUGGACGCGCAGGUGUUCCUGGAGUUCGUCCAGGAAUGCCGCAAGUACGACAUCAAGGUGCCUAUCGUGCCAGGAAUCAUGUGCCUGAAUGGCUUGGGCGGACUGAAGCGAAUGACCGAGUUGUGCAAGACUCGGCUGCCAGAGGGCCUUCUGGAGCGGGCUGAGAAGGCCAACACCUCCGACGAGGCCUUCAAGGAGUUCGGCAUCCGAGAGGGCGUUGCCAUGUGCAAGGCGCUUCUGGAAGGUGGCGCGCCUGGCUUGCACUUCUACACCCUGAACCUGGAGAAGGUGGUGGUGGGCAUCCUGAAAGGUCUGGGGAAGAUUACGGAUGCCCAGGCGGCCGCCUUCCAGGCCGUUGAGGCCGAUGCCAAGUUUAUGGUCUCCGCCCAGGGCAUCACCACAGGCGCCAAGUCCAGGCCAGCACUGCCAGGCAACCGGCCUUUGGCGGAGGUUGACCCGGUGAUGCACGACUUGGUGCAGCAGGAGAAGGCUCGGCAGACUAGGUGCAUUGAGCUGAUCGCAUCAGAGAACUUCACCUCGCGGGCGGUCAUGGAGUGCUUGGGCUCAGCACUUACCAACAAGUACUCUGAGGGCCAGCCCGGUGCUCGCUACUACGGCGGGAACGAGGUCAUUGACAAGGUGGAGAACCUCUGCAAAGCCCGGGCGCUGAAGGCUUUCAGCCUGGAUGAAAAGGAGUGGGGUGUCAAUGUCCAGCCAUAUUCGGGUAGCCCUGCGAACUUUGCAGUCUACACCGCCUUGCUGCCGCCUCAUGCCAGGGUGAUGGGCCUGGACCUGCCAAGUGGGGGGCACUUGACCCAUGGCUACUACACGGCCCGGAAGAAGAUUUCCGCCACCUCAAUUUACUUUGAGUCUCUGCCAUACCGGGUGCACCCGGAAACUGGACUGAUUGAUUUCGAUGAGCUGCGCAAGACGGCCCUGGUGUUCCGACCUGCCAUGAUUCUCUGCGGGGCCUCCGCUUAUCCCCGCAUCAUCGAUUUCGGGAAGUUCAGAGAAAUUGCAGACGAAGUUGGUGCCAUCCUCAUGGCAGACAUUGCCCACAUCUCUGGCCUGGUUGCCACGGGAGAGCACCCAUCUCCCUUCCAGCACUGUGACGUUGUGACCACCACAACCCACAAGUCCCUGCGAGGACCCCGUGCCGGCAUGAUCUUCUUCAAGUACACGGAGAAGAUCCCCGACAUCAAGGACCGUAUCGACAUGGCAGUCUUCCCAGCGCUGCAGGGAGGGCCUCACAACCAUCAAAUCGGUGCCCUGGCCGCGCAGCUCUUGGAAGUGGACACGCCCAUGUUCAAGGACUAUGCCCGUCAGGUCAAGGCUAAUGCCAAGACCCUGGCAGAGACCCUGAUGGGCAAAGGCCACAAGCUGGCAAGCGAUGGCACAGACAACCACCUGCUGCUUUGGGACUUGCGCCCUCACGGCCUCACUGGCUCCAAGGUUGAGAAGAUCUGUGAAGCAGCCUCAAUCACCCUGAACCGCAAUGCGGUGCACGGCGAUGCCUCUGCCCUGUCCCCCGGCGGUGUGCGCGUGGGUGCUCCGGCCAUGACCACCCGAGGCUGCACGGAACAGGACUUCAGGAAGAUUGGAGACUUCUUGGACCGAUGUUGCCAGAUUGCCCUGAAGAUCCAGGCUGAGAAGGGCAAGAAGCUGAAGGACUUUGAGGCUGCCAUCCCAGGCAACGCAGAGGUCACCGCACUGAAGAAGGAGGUGGAGGACUGGGCCAGCAAAUUUGGCUACCCAGGCCUUUGA